GUUAUAUAAGGUGUGCUGGAAUGUGCUCCACACACACACACACCUCUGGACACCGUCACAACAUGAAGCUUGCGGUACUGCUGCUGACGGUGGCGGCUGUGGCAGCCAUGCCACGGAAAUCCACGAAGAAUUUUCCUAAGAAGUACGACCAGACUCUCGACGGCUUGAAGCCCACUUACAUAAUAUACACUGACGACCCUGUGGACGACUUGGUAGUACCUCCACUUAACCUCAACGAGCAUUUGGCUUCAUCCUCCUACGAUGAAUACUUGGAGCAGGACCCAGAAGAUCCAAUUCUUCCUCCUGAGGACUCCACCUAUAUCGAAGUCUCUGAGGUGUCUGAAGGAGAGGCUCUCCUUCCACCACCUGAAGAUACCUACAGCAGCCUCGCCGAUCUUGUAGCAUUGACUGAAGAUGAAUCACUUCUCUCAGCACCUGAAGACACUUACAGCAGCUACGGGGAUGUUAACGUGAUGGAUCUUCUACCACCCCCAGAGGGCGAUGCACUUCUACCACCACAAGCGAGUGACACACUUAUCCCACCACCAGAGAGUGACACACUUAUACCACCACCAGAGAGUGACACACUUAUCCCACCACCAGAGAGUGACGUACUUGUACUACUGAGUGAAGACACUUACAGCAGUUUCGGGGACGCUAGUGAUCCUGAGAGUGACGCACUUAUCCCACCACCUGAGAGUGACGCACUUCUACUAAUUGAAGAUACGUACAGUAGCCACGGAGAUGCCGGCCUCAUCGAUCUUGUAGCACCACCUGAGAGUGACGCACUUCUCCCACCAUCUGAGAGUGACGCAGUUCUCCCACCACCUGAGAGCGACACGCUUAUCCCCCCACCUGAGAGUGACGCACUUCUCCCAUCACCUGAAGACACCUACAGCAGUUAUGGAGAUAUUAGUCUGACAGAUCUUCUCCCACCACCUGAGAGUGACGCACUUCUCCCAUCACCUGAAGACACCUACAGCAGUUAUGGAGAUGUUAGUUUGACAGAUCUUCUCCCACCACCUGUGAAUGACGCACUUCUCCCACCACCUGAGAGCGACACGCUUCUCCCACCACCUGAGAGUGACGCACUUCUCCCACCACCUGAAGACACCUACAGCAGUUAUGGAGAUAUUAGUCUGACAGAUCUUCUCCCACCACCUGUGAGUGACGCACUUCUCCCACCACCUGAAGACACUUACAGCAUUUAUCGAGAUGCUAGCCUGACAGAUCUUCUCCCACCAGCCGAGAGUGACGCACUUCUCCCCCCACCCGAGAGUGACACACUUGUACUACAAAUCGAUGACACUUACAGCAGUCUCGGGGACGCUAGUCACCCUGAGAGUGACGCACUUCUCCCACCCCCUGAAUACACUUACAGUAACCAUGACGGUGCUGGUCUCACUGACCUGACCCCACCACCAGUCUCUCCACCCGCAGAUCUCCCAACAGCGUACGAUACAUACAUCUCCCCACAAGGUUCAGAGGCCACAGAGGUAUCCAGCUACACCCAAACGCCCACUGACACCUCGGGCACUGAUGUCUUGGCAUCCAUGGCAGCAAUGGUCAAAGAAUUGCCAUACACUAGCUCUUACGUGGAGUUCAACCCUGCAGACAGUGAUGACACGAUCCCCUUCCUUAUCCCACCUCCUCAAAAAGAAAAACCCGCUCAGCUACAUAGUUCCUAUUCAGACCUACUCACUGAUCCGAUGGAACUCGUGGAUGAGGAAACAGCUGACGUAGAGAUUUAAGCAGUACUUAGCUAUCAGAUAUUCUCCUCACCCCCCAGCUCAGUGAUCUAGGCGCCAUCUGCAGGCAGCACUGUUAUGCAGCAAUGCAAAAGCGCAGUGCCAGCUUCCUUAUGCGUAACACUGAGGUGCUCAAGGAGCUUGUGGUGUUCUUACAGUUCUGUGAUUACUCUUGCCAGGCAGUAUUGUCCGGUACAUAUACACAAAUUCGUCUCCCUUGUCGGAGCUCAUUGGUUUGAGCCUAAAGCGUUUAACAGAAUAUAUAUAUAUAUACACACA